AUGUACACUAUCCUUUUCUCAAUUAUUUCCUUCUCUUUUUUCCUUUCAUUCUGCAACUUCUUUCUUUCUCUUUGUUUAUUCCUUUCUGAAAAUGUUCUACCCCAUUUUCUCUUCUCUUUCUUUAACCUUUCCACUUUUUCUCUCUACAUUUUAUUAAACACAAAACUUUCCCUUUUUUUCCCAUACUUUCUUUUUUCUAUUUCUUACUUCACUUCCUGUUUCUUUUUCGUUCAUCUUUCUUGCAUUUCCUUUUCUCAUCCUGCUUUUUCAAAACCCUUCUGUUCCCUCUUUUCCCCAUCUCUGCCAAACGGAUUUGAAGACAAAUAUUGUAACCUUUUACUAUAUUCAUUCCACUUGUUUCUCUCCCUCUCUCCCUUUUGCUCUCUCCAUUUCCCCUUAUUUAUCCUUUCCAUUUCUAUUCCGUUUCUCCCCAACAUUCCUCUGCCUCUUAUCCACCUUGCUUGUUUCCCUUUUGUUGUAACUGUUGUUGCCUAG